UUUCCUCCCCCUCUUCAUUUCCCGAGUCUCAUUUCCCCAUCGCGAGAGCGCGUCGCCGGGCCGACCAUGUCUUCAGGGGCUCAGCAGACGCCGCCCCCGCCGCCGCCUUACCGGCCGUACCGGCAGGCGCGCUCGGCGACCCCUCACGCACGGGCCAUCUCCUGCGUGCGGUUCUCUCCCUGCGGCCGCCUCCUAGCGACGGCGUCCCUCGACGGCACGGCCGCCCUCCUCUCCCCGUCCUCUCUCGCCGUCAUCGCCAACCUGCGCGGCCAUGCCGACGGCGUCUCCGACCUCUCCUGGUCCACGGACUCGGCCUACCUCUGCUCCGCGUCCGACGACGGCACCCUCCGCAUCUGGGACAUCCGCUCCAUCCUCUCCGCCUCCAAGCCCCCCGCCGACCCCAACGUCGACCGCUGCAUCCGCGUGCUCAAGGGCCACACCAACUUCGUCUUCAGCGCCAACUUCAACCCGCAGACGAGCUCCCAGGUCGCGUCGGGGGGUUUCGACUGCACCGUGCGCAUCUGGGACGUCAAGGGCACCCGCUGCGAACGCGUCAUCGAAGCGCACUCUGAGCCCGUCACCUCCGUGCACUUCAUCCGGGACGGAUCGAUCAUUGUGUCUGGGAGCCAUGAUGGGAGCUGCAAGAUUUGGGAUGCGCGCACUGGGUCUUGUCUCAAGACGGUCAUUGAUGACAAGAAGCCUGCGGUUUCCUGCUCAAUGUUCUCACCAAAUGGCAAGUUUAUCCUAGUUGCCACACUCGAUGACUCAUUGAAACUGUGCAAUUAUGCUACUGGCAAGUUCUUGAAGGUAUAUAGUGGACAUGUGAACAGAGUAUACUGCAUCCAGUCUGCAUUUUCUGUCACGAAUGGGAAGUACAUUGUUAGUGGAUCAGAGGACAAUUGCGUUUAUAUAUGGGACCUCCAAGGGAAAAACAUUCUUCAGAAAAUUGAAGGCCAUACCGAUGCUGUCAUCUCAGUGUCCUGUCAUCCAACAGAGAACAAAAUUGCUUCUGGCAGCCUUGAUAACGAUAGGACUGUGAGACUCUGGGUUCAAGAUGGUUGAUGAAAGCUUCUGUGGAGUUAGUGUAGAAUCUAUGCAGCAAUUGGCAUCUCAAGGAGAAACAUGUGCUGUGCCUGUCUCCCCUGCACCACUCCUGGGUUAUUAUCUCAACCUUAGGCUUGACUCCUUUGUUUUAAUCUAAGUUCCUCUUCUAGGUUCCGAGCCUCAACAUAGGAGUUAAUAGUAUAAUAAAGAGAAAAUAAGUGUUAAGACGUGUUUGUUUGGUGCCCAAUUGCUGCUGUAAAGUACUAGUGCUAUAAGAUCCGAACCUCUUCGUUCAUAAAUUUGCAGUGCACUGUAAUCUGCAAGAUGUUUACCGAUUGAGAGUUCAAAGAAGCAUCGCACUGUUGGCAA